AUGGCAGUCUUGUUUUUAAACAGGAGUAGUCAAUUUAUCGGAUUGUUGGUUAUUUUUAUGUGCUUCAGUCGACUUAACGAUGGAUUCACAUGGCAAAGAAAAUUACUCAUCGGGCCAAGAAAUAUUUACGACGUGCUGGAAAAUUGCCAGCCCGCCAAAAACCCAGAGAACAACAUUGGUUAUUACAAUUAUGGCGGUACUUGUGGAUAUCCAUACCAAUUUACUGAAAAAAGCUACGUGAAAUGUAAGCCGGAUCACGCCAAAUGUAAAACAGAGUAUUCAAUAUUAACAGACAGGAAAAUGAAUGGCACAGAAGUGGAAGGCAACUUUGCAAUAUUUUGGUCAUUCAAGACAACCCGUUCUAAAAAUUCAUUGUUUGUUGGCAUGGACAGGCGUUCGAAAAAAGUUUUACAAGUGAAAUACGAUUCCCCGAAUAGAAUUUCCGUAAUGUUCAACGAUAGAGGAAGGCCUAAAAUAGGCAGUUCUGAAGUUGACUUUUUCAAAUUAAGCUGGAAUCGGAUUUACAAGCACAAAUGCGGCCGGAGUCUUUUAUAA